UUUUAUUUUUUAUGGAAGAUAUAAAAUAGCCUGUUUAUAGUACACCUCCUCGCAUAAUUAAAUGCAUAAAUGUCAAACUUAGAGAAGCAAUUAGCGGCCAAAAAGUUUCAGAUUGUACAGAUUCAGGCGGGAAGCCUGUCUCGGCAAGAAGGCUGUAAUGUCCAGUGUCUGUAUAAGCUUUCAUGACGAAACUGGAUUCCAUAGCCGUGAAUGUUAUUAAAAAUCUAGUCAUAUUUGCGACAUAUUUAACAUGAAUGAAAACGAGCCUGUGAUGGGCUUAGUGCAGUGCGUUCUAGAUCGUAACCCUACAGUUGUGUAGGUUUGACUACAUCUCUUAAAAAAUCUGAGUAGACAUAAAAGUCCAGCUUUGAAAGAUGUUAAAUAAUGUUAUCUAGAGUAUUUACAUUCCAAAGUCUGUAAGUUUAUCAAUCACGGCCUCGUUUUCAUCCGUGUUAAAAUCAAUGAUGUCCAUUGGUUAUUUGAAAGUACCAUAAUACUCUGAGUCUAUAUUCUGUUUAUAGUUGUGUAUCCUUUUUUCCGAUUUUAAAUAAACGAUAUUCUCAUUGAAUAAACGAUAAUUAACAUGUAGCUAGCUAACAUAAGCAUAUAUAACUGAAAAAGUGUCCAAGUGGCUAUGUUUAACCACUGGGUGGCAGAAUGUCAAGAAUUAUUCAAUUCUGUGCGAAUUUAGAAACCAGCACUUCAACAGCACUUUUUUUAUUUUAAAAAUGUAGUCUUUUACAAUUAUUUUAAUUCUUCAGUGAUAUACAUUUGAGUGCCUAAACUAUCUUAGAAACAAAAUGAACAUUUACUGCUUUGCUUAUAGCAUAUACAUGCCUAUAGAAACGUUUAAAACAAAGAAAUAACAUGCUUUAAACGUGUAAAAACAGCAAAUCAAAGAAGGAAAAAGGGGGGGGGGUACGAGAAAAACGCACUGCUGCGGAUUACUGUCGUCUUCUUUAAACAUUAGUUUGAAUCCGGCUGUACCUCACUCUUUAAAUGUGUAUUUUCACAAUACUUGAGUUUGGAGUGUUUGGGUGGCGUCUGAAGCGCUUUUGUGAGGCUGGCGCGGGAUCUGGUUGUGUCCUCAGCACUCUGGACAGCGCCUGCUCUUGCUCUCCACCGCUGCUUCGGAGACUCAUACAGGCUGCCAUAAAAUCUCAGCAAAGAAAACAUGAAUGGACGCGAUAUAGUUCACAUCUCUUGAUUUACAGCUGUUUCCCCCGUCCAGCGAUUUUCAGUUGACUUGAUAACCUUCAGUGACGCGCAGCUCAUUUGCACGAUCUAACAUCUUUAUUCAUAAAUAGCCCCCAUUCAGAUCUCUCUGACGUUCAUCUACCCUCUGACGAAACCUGCUCCUAUAAGAUUCACAGUAAGUUUGGCUGACUCGGAAAUGUGCUGGACUGCUCUUCUCCUGAGGUAAUAGUUUGGCUCUUUUGUUUUGCACUGUUGGUGGCAGUUGAGUGGCUGGCGGCUAAUUCACAAAGGUCUCUUUUCGUUAGGUCUCAAUGAAUUUCGGUUCUUUAGAGAUACAAAGAGUUUAGCAGGGAGAAGAUGAACAUCCAUGUGGAGGGCUUGGUGGCGAUUGUCAUCUUCUACGUGCUGAUCCUGAUAGUGGGAAUCUGGGCAGCAUGGAAAAACAAGAAUUCCGGCGUGAUGGAGGGAGUUGAUCGCAGUGAGACCAUCAUGGUCGGCGGAAGGGAUAUUGGCUUAUUUGUCGGCGCGUUUACUAUGACUGCAACUUGGGUCGGAGGAGGUUAUAUCAACGGCACGGCAGAGAAUGUUUAUCUUCCUGGGUACGGCCUGGCAUGGGCACAGGCUCCCUUUGGAUAUGCGCUCAGCCUUGUUUUGGGUGGCCUUUUCUUUGCAAAACCCAUGCGCUCCCGGGGUUACGUCACCAUGCUUGACCCCUUCCAGCAAAUGUAUGGAAAAAGGAUGGGUGGUCUGCUAUUCAUCCCUGCACUAAUGGGGGAAAUGUUCUGGUCAGCCGCCAUCUUAUCUGCCCUUGGGGCCACACUGAGUGUGAUCAUUGACAUCAACAUCAAUAUGUCUGUGAUUAUUUCGGCUCUUAUUGCUAUUUUCUACACGCUGGUGGGAGGACUGUAUUCAGUGGCAUACACUGAUGUUGUCCAGCUCUUCUUCAUUUUUUUAGGACUGUGGGUGAGCGUCCCUUUUGCGCUCUCAAACCCAGCUGUUUCUGACAUCGGAGUGACAGCAGUGAAGCCGUUCAAUGCUAAUCAGACCGCAUGGCUUGGGAAGAUAGAAAGCGCUGACAAAUGGAUGUGGGCUGACAACUUCUGCCUUCUGAUGUUGGGGGGGAUUCCCUGGCAGGUGUAUUUUCAAAGGGUUCUUUCUGCCUCUUCAGCAACCUAUGCUCAAGUCCUCUCCUUCCUGGCUGCCUUUGGUUGUAUCAUCAUGGCUAUUCCCUCCGUCCUGAUCGGAGCCAUAGGGGCUUCCACAGAUUGGAACCAGACAACCUAUGGGCCAAUUCCUCCCAUGCAGAGGGACCAGUCUGACAUGAUCCUACCGAUCGUGCUACAGCAUCUGUGCCCGGCCUAUAUCUCCUUUUUUGGUCUGGGGGCAGUUUCUGCUGCAGUGAUGUCAUCCGCUGACUCAUCCAUCUUGUCGGCCAGCUCCAUGUUCGCUAGGAACAUCUACCAGCUCGCUUUCCGGCAAUCGGCUUCUGACCGUGAGAUCGUGUGGGUCAUGCGGAUCACUAUUUUUGUGUUUGGGGCUCUAGCGACAGGCAUGGCUCUCCUGACUGGGACCGUCUAUGGUUUAUGGUACCUGAGCUCUGACCUGGUCUAUGUCAUCAUCUUCCCGCAACUCCUGUGCGUUCUUUUCAUCCGUGGCACGAACACUUACGGCUCGGUGGCGGGAUACAUCUUUGGAAUGAUCUUGCGAAUUGGUGGAGGGGAACCAUAUCUUAAACUGCCUCCGUUCAUCUACUACCCCGGAUGGACCAUUGAGGAGAAGGUCCAUCAUGUGACCAAGGAGGUGGAAUACCUGGUGAUGCAGAGAUUUCCCUUUAAGACAGCUUCCAUGCUGGCCUCCUUCCUAAGCAAUGUGGCUUUCUCGUACCUGUUUAAGUACCUGUUUGAAAGUGGCACCUUUUCAGCUAAAUAUGAUUUCUUGGAUGCAGUGGUGGCCAAGCACAGUGCUGAAAUAAUGGACAAGACCACUCUGGUGAACAAGAACAUCAUUGGGCUGAAUGAAAUGACCCCGGUCAAGCCAAGACUUAGUGUUACUUUAGCUGCUACCUUCACCAGGAAGGAAACCCUGACAGAAGAGGAGGACUCCAGCCCAGAGUCACCGAGUCAUGAGAAUGAGUAGAGACCCUAUGUUCAAUCUUGAUGUGAAGUACAAGGCUUCACCCAAUAAGUAAAAAACUAUCAGAUUUUAAUAAUAUACUUAAUUCACUCCAAACACCUUCUCUGGAAUUUUCAUCUAUUCUUUCAAGAUGGGAAUGGGGAAGCAACUGAAAUUCAAUGCAAAUGGCAAAGAGAGAAGAAAGCAGCAGUGGUUUGAGUAAUAUUUGGAAAAAUUUGGACUUGAUGGUGUUAAUAACCCUGAGAAGCUCUUCGACUCCUGUCGGUAUGUACAAACCCUGAGUGACUCUCCUUUCCCUUCUAAAGAAAAUGUUGAGAUACCGUGAUAAUCCUUUGGAAAUAAUCAUAUUAAAAGGUUAGUUCACUCAAAGAUGGUCUAUCAUCAUUUGCUCAACCUGGAUGACUUCAUUUCUUCUGUAGAACAUAGAACAAAACGUCUCUUUUUUUCAUCCGCGAAGUCAAAGUCAAUACACUUCGGUGUUCUUAUUGACUUUCAUUGCAUGGACGAAAAAAGCAGCUGAAACAUUCUUCAAGCUACGAAUGAUGACAGAAUGUCAAUGUCUUGGUGAAUUAUCCGUUUAAUUUCCUAAACCUGGACAAAGAUCAGUCCAGAUUUGAAAAAAGAAAAAAGAAAAAAACACAAUGAUUAUAAUAUAUCCCAUUAUAGCUAUAUUAAUAAUUAAUAGAUGUAAGUUCAUGUGUCAUGUUAUUACUUACGUCCCAUGAUAGAUAUUAGUGCAGAUUAUCCUAUCGUCCUAUCAUAAAAAUAAAAUGUAGCUAAACGGUUAUAAGCUGUAUUCAUAAAUGUGUAAUCAUAUAACAAGUGAUGUGCUUCCCAUCUACAAACUACUUUUAACAACUGUGACAUGAGUGCACAUGUGGCAAAUGUCUUUUUCAUGUUCAUAGUGCAAUAUUAAGAAGAAAAAAAAACAAAGAACAUGGAAAAUAUACAGUAUAUAAUCUUGUAAUCACCAUAACUAGCUAAGAUGGGGGUGAUUGGACAUUAUGCAAACCCGGUUCGUCACUUUGUUGUACUUGAAAAUGAAUGUAGCUGCAACUGAUUUACCAGAUGUAACAAUCUCCGGGGUCUGUGCUGUGUUAUUUUUUUGUGAUUUGCUAAGUCAUACGUAUGUCAAACGAAGUCAUUGUACCUGGUUCCAGGAUGAGCCAGCUGCUGUGUUAUUUUGUUGGCUUUAGCGAUAAAGACAUUUGUGUGAUGUGUGUGUUUAUAUUCCAAUGAAUAUAAUUGUCCAGUAUUCCACUAAAAUGUAAAGUGUCACUUUACAGUUCUGUAUAUAUAAAUAUAUGCAUAUAUAUUUAAAUGAGUUGGAGCCAGCUACACAAAUCUAUAUUUAUUUAUUAAGUGUGGCCUACAGAUUAAACAUAGGAUUAUUC